CUAACACUGGGGCCCCGGGCCUCCCCGCUGCCUGCUGUUCGGGGUGCCCGCGGUGUUCUCCCGCGUGCGUGUUCCCAUGGCUGGAAAGUUGGUGUCACUGGUGCCACCUCUGCUGCUGGCUGCUGUGGGCCUCGCCGGCCUCCUGCUACUGUGCGUCCCUACCCAAGACGUCCGGGAACCGCCCGCCCUCAAGUAUGGCAUCGUUUUGGAUGCCGGCUCGUCACACACAUCCAUGUUUGUCUACAAGUGGCCAGCAGACAAGGAAAAUGACACCGGUAUUGUGGGCCAGCACAGCUCUUGUGAUGUUCAAGGUGGUGGCAUCUCCAGCUACGCAAAUGACCCUUCUAGGGCAGGCCAGAGUCUGGUUGAAUGUCUUGAACAGGCACUUCGGGAUGUGCCCAAGGACAGAUAUGCCAGCACACCACUCUACCUGGGAGCUACAGCAGGCAUGCGCCUACUCAACCUGACCAGCCCAGAGGCCACAGCCAGGGUGCUUGAGGCAGUGACACAGACGCUCACACAGUACCCCUUUGACUUCCGUGGUGCUCGAAUCCUCUCAGGACAGGAUGAAGGGGUGUUUGGCUGGGUGACUGCCAACUACCUGCUGGAGAACUUCAUCAAGUAUGGCUGGGUGGGCCGGUGGACACGGCCAAGGAAGGGAACACUGGGGGCCAUGGACCUUGGGGGUGCCUCAACACAGAUCACCUUUGAGACAACCAGUCCAUCUGAAGAUCCAGACAAUGAGGUCCAUCUGCGGCUCUAUGGCCAGCAUUACCGCGUCUACACCCAUAGCUUCCUCUGCUAUGGCCGCGACCAGGUUCUCCAGAGGCUUCUGGCCAGUGCCCUCCAGAUCUAUCGCUUCCACCCCUGCUGGCCAAAGGGCUACUCCACCCACGUGCCGCUCCAGGACAUCUACCAGUCCCCAUGCACUAUGGGCCAGCGUCCCCAGCCCUUCAACAGCAGUGCCAUUGUCAGCCUGGAAGGGACCAGCAACGCUGCCCUCUGUCGUGACCUUGUCUCUGGGCUCUUCAACAUCUCCUUCUGCCCCUUUUCCCAAUGCUCCUUCAAUGGGGUCUUCCAGCCUCCCAUAGCUGGGAACUUCAUAGCCUUUUCUGCUUUCUACUACACUGUAGACUUCCUAAAGACAGUGAUGGGGCUGCCUGUGAGAACCCUGAAGCAGCUGGAGGAAGCCACAGAGAUCACCUGCAACCAGACCUGGGCUGAGCUUCAGGCCCGAGUGCCAGGACAGAAGACCCGCCUGGCUGACCACUGUGCUGUAGCCGUGUUCAUACAUGAGCUACUGAGCCGUGGCUACCGCUUCGAUGAGCGCUCCUUCAGCGGAGUGGUCUUCGAAAAGAAGGCUGCAGACACGGCUGUCGGCUGGGCGCUGGGCUAUAUGCUGAAUUUGACCAACAUGAUUCCCGCUGACCUCCCGAGACUCCGGAAGGGCACCCACUUCAGCUCCUGGGUUGCUCUCCUGCUGCUCUUCACAGUCCUGAUCUUGGCGGCGCUGGUCCUGCUCCUGCGCCAGGUGCGCUCUGGCAAGUCCCCAGGCGCCCUCUAGGGGUGCGCUGGGAGCUUCUCCCAACUCCCUUCUUUCCCUCCCUCCCGGAGGGCAUCUCUGACCCUGAAGCAGGAUGGAUGGUCCUUAUCUACAUUCACAGAAAGCCUAGGUGAGCAGCCCCGAGUGUUCUCAAUUAAUCCUCCUUUAUCUUCCCGGGAUGUCAGGUCUCUUAGCCUGAGACUCAAGCUGAGGACCAUUCGGAGUCGGAUCUUUGUUCUGAUCUGCAGGGCCCUGGGAACUUUCUGGGCCUUUAGCAAGGCAAGCUCCAGACCCUACAGGCUAGGAGUCAGCUCCAUGCCUACUUGUAAAAGGUUUGUAAUAAAAGAUUUUUCCUAGAGCAGUGAAGUGUUCGUGGGGCGGGGCACCCUUUGUUGCCUGUCCUUCCUGCCAGCUGUGCUGGUUAUUCAGAUAAAACCUGGUUCCAAGUCAGUAUUUUCUUGCUUCCUCCCUUUUGCCCCAGGCCCGAGGCAAUGGAGGCGCUCCUGCCUACGUUGGUCUGGGGUGCGUCCCAGUCUGAGUUUUCUCUGACUCACCGAACCCUUGGAAUUGAGGCUGCACUCCAAGUUUUUCAACUGAUACUUGAAGUGUCAGUAGACCCGAAGGCCAGAGGCACCUGCAUCCCACAGCCUAAGUUUUGUGUUCUCUAGAUGGAGAAGUGUGGCCUGAGGACGGGACUUCCCCUGACCUCUUUUAUGGGAAAUUAGCUCAGACUCUAUUUCUGUUCAGUCAAUGCCUUGAGGGCUGGGUUGGAAUGGCAGCAGCAGUAUUCACACACACACACACACACACACACACACACAGAGUGAGAGAGCAAGCCAGACAGCGAGAGACAGAGAGACAGCGAGACAGUGAGAGAGAGAGAGAGAGAGAGAGAGAGAGAGAGAGAGAGAAUCAUUUGAUAAAUUUAUAAACCUGCACUGACAGACUCCUCUUUAAUUUUGAGCCUGAGGAAUGGGAAGAAGAAUGUAGGGUAGGGGAACUCAACCUUGUUCUUUUCUCUGUGUGUGUUUUUUUUCCCCCAUGAGGCAAGGUAUCUCUGUGAAACCUUGGCUGUCCUGGAACUUACUCUGUAGGCCUGGCUGGCCUCGAACUUACAGAGAUCUGCUUGCUUCUGCCUCCCCAGUGCUGGGACCAAAAGUGUGCACCACCAUCACCCAGACCUGUUUUGUAUUUUUAAGACAGGGUCUCGCUAUGUAUUCAUGGCUGAUAUGUAGACCAGGCUGGUCUCAAACUCACGGAGAUCUGCCUACUUCUGCAUCUUGAGUGAUGGGAUUAAAGGCAUGAACCACCA